GGAGCCACUCUCCCUCAUUAGAAUAAAGUAAACAGAUUUAACUCAAUUAUAAAUAGAAAAAAAUAUGUGCUCUCCGUCACUGAGAGUUGCAGAGUGACGAUGGCUCGAGACCUUGGGUGCAGCGGUGAGCAGUGCUGGAGCAUGAGUUCCAAGCCAAAAUCCAUAGGGGUCAUCGGAGCUCCUUUCUCAAAGGGCCAGCCACGAGGAGGGGUGGAAGAAGGCCCUACAGUAUUGAGGAAGGCUGGUCUGCUUGAGAAACUUAAAGAACUAGAGUGUGAUGUGAAAGAUUAUGGGGCCCUGACCUUUGCUGAUGUCCCUAAUGACAGUCCCUUUCAAAUGGUGAAGAAUCCAAGGUCUGUGGGAAAAGCAAGUGAACAGCUGGCUGAUGUGGUGGCAGAAAUCAAGAGGAACGGAAGGACCAGCCUUGUACUGGGUGGAGACCACAGUCUGGCAAUUGGCAGCAUCUCUGGCCAUGCCAGGGUCCACCCAGAUCUCUGUGUCAUUUGGGUGGAUGCUCACACGGACAUCAACACUCCACUGACAACCACAACUGGGAACUUACAUGGACAACCUGUAUCUUUCCUCCUGAAGGAACUAAAGGGAAAGAUGCCCGAUGUCCCAGGAUUCUCCUGGAUGACUCCUUGCCUAUCUGCCAAAGAUAUUGUGUAUAUCGGCCUGAGAGACGUGGACCCUGGGGAACACUACAUUUUGAAAAUUCUGGGAAUUAAAUACUUUUCAAUGACUGAAGUGGAUAAACUGGGAAUUGGCAAGGUGAUGGAAGAAGCAUUCAGCUAUCUACUAGGAAGAAAGAAAAGGCCAAUUCAUUUGAGCUUUGAUGUUGAUGGACUGGACCCGUCUUUCACACCAGCUACUGGCACACCAGUCCAGGGAGGUCUGUCUUACAGAGAAGGUCUCUACAUCACAGAAGAAAUUUACAAAACAGGGCUACUGUCAGGAUUAGAUAUAAUGGAAGUGAAUCCAUCUCUGGGGAAGACACCAGAAGAAGUAACUCGGACAGUGAACACAGCAGUAGCAAUAACCUUGGCUUGUUUUGGAGUUGCUCGGGAGGGUAACCAUAAGCCUACUGAUUACCUUAACCUGCCUAAGUAAACACGGAAACGUCAUAGAAAAAUCUCACAGUUAACGACAUAAUUAGCAAAUCCACUAGUUUAGUUAAACUUCUAGUUACCCUCCCAAAGAUUUGGUCUUUCAGAAAAAUGUUUUACCUUGGUAAAAAUUAGUACAAUUAGUAUAAACUGUAUCAAUUCCCUCUUGGUAUGAAAUUCAAGAUAUGGAAAUGCUAACUUUUGUGAAAUUAAAAAGCUUAUAUUCCCAUUUUGGCAAAAGCCUUAUCGUUAGAGAAAUACACAUUCAUUUCCAAAUAAAAAUGUGCUGGCAUUAAAAAUAAACACCUAUAUCAGCCCCCGCACAUAGAGUGGAACUCUUGAUUUCAGGAGAUAAAGCUACCCAACCUGAAAAGGGACCAUAUUUCCAUGUUGUUCAAAGCUGUAAUCCCUAGAAACUUCUUUUCUCUUUAUCUCUUUGUAAGAUUCUGUUACUGCUACAUAGGUUUCUAAAUACAUGCAAAACACACACACACAGACAUAGAUACACACACAUCCUGCUUAAGACUACUAUAAAUAUUAAAAAGCCACAGUGAAAUCAUUAGCCCCAAAACACUGUAAGACCUUGGUGAAGUUAUUUAAACUCUCUGGCUCUGGUUCCUUCAUCUAUAAAAUGAGUAAUCAUAAGGCUUGGGCAAUCUCCAACUUCAUUAUUGUUAGAUGACCAUGUUUUACUUUUUUUAAGCCUCAAACGUGAUAUUGGUUGAUAUUUUAAGCAUGACUGCUAUUCAGAUGAUAGUCUUUUGGGAAAGAGGAAAGAAAUCAAACUGCUAUUUUAUUUCUAAGAUAUGCUAAUUCAGAUCGGGAUUUCACCUAAAAUUAUUUGUGGCUUCCAAAUGCCCCACCUUUCACUCAUUGCAAUUACAGUGUGUCUCAUUUGUUGAACUCCUAAACAUCCUAAAAACUCAGCUCGGCUGUUAUAUAGUGAAGGAAGUGGAAAAAUAAAUUAGAAUAAACUAUAAUCAAAACAA